AUGGAGAGCACAGAGAGACAUGGCAUUUCCUGUUUGCCAGAACCAGAGGUGCUGGAACACAGACAGGGCACAUGUACUGAAAUGAAAAGCACUGACUCCAUAAUGAUACUGAAGAUGCAAGUCCCAGAUCCUAAGAAGAAUUUGGGGACUGAGGAAUCCUUGUCUGAACCAAAACAUCAGGAAGAGGUAGAUGCACCAGAGAAGUUGGAUGAGUGUUCUUUAACUGGAUCAAGAAAGCCAGGGACACAGAAGAAAGGAAAGAGAUGCUUGAGCAAGAAAGGCCGGACAUCUUUGAUGAAACCAAAACAAGAUCCCAGAGAGACAGGUAGAUCUGCCUUGCUGGAACACCAUACACAGUGUCCAGAGUCCAAGAAAGGACCUGUGAGGGUGAGGAAGAGGGACAGAAACACACCUGUGUCACAGCGGCUACAGGGUCUAAGUGGCCAAGAACAACCAACAACCAGAGGAAAUAUGCAUAAGCAUUGCAUUAAAGAAGAUCAGCAGAGCUCAAACCCUCAAAAAGGAACAGACAGCCUGGGGGAAAGUGCAAAGGAAAAAUGGAAAGCAAUUGAGCAAGACUGUGGUACACAGAAGAAGCUUAAGACAAUUCGAAACAGAUCAGAAGAUUCCAAGGAAAAAGAACCUCACUGCUCUAAAUCUCCUAUGGUUGCUGCUUCAGGUGGGACUCAAAGCAAGAGCUUUCCAUGCCAUCCUGUAACAAAAAAGUCUGGUGUGCAGUAUAAAAAAAGGAAACCCAGAAUUGAUCAAAUCAGGUGCUUGCAAAGUUUUACUGUAACUACAGCUGAAAAAGUGAGAUAUGUAUCUGCAAAACGUGAUGCUGAACAUUGCAGAAACACCCUAAACCAUUGUAAAGGCUUGCUCUGUGUAACAGAAAAGAAUCCAUUUGUGAGAUUAGAGGCCUGUAGUUACAUCAAUACUUUUGUAAAGUCUUCAGCUAGUGGAACUACCACCAGUUAUAAAUUAAGUGGAUUCUUCCAUGUAGCCCAGGAUAAAAGAAAACAUGUUUUUCCUGAUGGUACUGUAGAACAGAGUGAUAUGAGUUGCAGCACUAGUAGAAUUCAAAAUGAGAGAUCACCCAUAAAAGGUGGUUUAUUGUUUAAUAAAGAAAAAACUCAAAAUGGAGAAGGGUGUUUUUCAUGCUGUUGGAGUGAAAACAGUAAGCGUUUAAGGGGGAAGAAGUGGAAUAUUGGUAGAAAGCCUAGAAAAAAUAUGAAAAUCACUGAGAAAUCAGCAGUGCAGAAUAUUUUCACAGAUACAGCUAAUGAAUGCAGUGGGUGUGAAUUAAACACAGAAGCAGCAGUGGCCAUGUCAAGCUCCUUUGCAGUCUUAGGACUAAAUCAUAAAGAAAUUACUCUGUCAGCUUCAUGUGAUCAUACAUCAAAUCUUCAUACAGGAAAAAAUACUCAUGAAGCACAAAAUACGUCAGUCUGGAGAAAGAAUAGUACCAAAUUACUUGCAUUUGAAGAUGGCUUUAAGAAGACAACUGAGCUCUCUGUAAUAGCAAAAGGAGAAAAUUCAAACAGUGUGGCACAUCAUUAUGCUGCCUCAGGUAGCCUGAGAGUACUAGCUCAGGUCCAUGAUGUUUCUAAUUGUCAUGAAAGCCAGACAGAUGAAAAAUUGAACAAAGUUAGUAAAAAGUUGCAGCAGCUUACCUGUCAAAGAACAGUACCUAUGACUGGUAAAAAUGUUUGGCCUUUUGAAUCUUGUGCCAGGACUUCUGAAUGGGUUCAUAAAAAUCAUGGAUCCAUCUCAGAAGGAAAAAAACUUUUAAGGGGUGCCUUUGAGGAAUUUUCUGAUAAAAGCGGUGUUAAAGCUGUAGGGAACAGUGCUGUGACUGGGAAUUUGAGACGGCUGGAUUUGGAUAUGUCAUCGGCAGAAAUUAACAAAGAACCUACACAUGAAACAAUGGAUCUAAAUACUGAAGAUCUGACUUCACUUGAAAUGCCAGAAUCCUCUUCUGCGGAUAUUUAUGAGACUUUCAGAAUGAGCACUGAAAGUGUGGAACCACCAGUUAAUAUGGACAGAAAUGCCAUGGCUUUUAACCAUGGUGAUGUGCAAGAAUUUAAAGCAACUUCGAAUUCUACAACAAAACAAAAAUAUAAAAAUAAAGGAGCUGUAACAAAAAGAUACUCAUCUGUGACAGUCCAGAAUGGUACAUCUACAGGUAACACAAACAGAAUAAACUUCAGAUGUAAAGCAUCAGUAGUGAACCAGACCUUUUCUGAUUUAAAGCUGAUGAAAGUAUUAAACACUGGAAACCUGACAAAAUUCAAAAUUCCUUUAUGCAGAAACAAACCUGAAUCCAGGAAAUUGGAAUCUGUCCGUUCAUUUGAAAGAAAAACCUGUAGUCCACUAGAACUUCUUGACAGCACUAGUGUUUCUAGAAGGCAGAAAAUGGGUGAAGAAACUUUUUUGGUAAAUUCCAAGCAGCAGCCUCUUCCUGUCAUGAGUGAUGCUAUGUCUACAGCUUCCAUGAAGAAAAAAGUGGAUGAGAUCAACAGUAAGGACUCUCAGCAUGAUGGCUCUGAAGGCGUUUCAAAUGAGAUGUCUGUGCUCCCUGAACAUUUUUCUUUACAUCCGCAUCCUUUUCUCGAUGGACAACUAGAGACAUCUGUGCCUGAUUUCCAUGGUACUGAACGUGUACUAAAAUCUAAUUUUCCUGAUCAUUCUUGGAAUGCAGUUGACCACCCUGUUGCAUUAGAAAUAAAUGAUGAUAGCAAAACAAGAGAGAAUCUUUUACAACACAGAAGUCAAAAUUUUCCAGAUAUUCUUGAAGCUUACAAAGAAGAUGUUCUUGUCAUUGAUGUGAUUCAGGAUGACCCUGACCUUUUUGGAACCAAUAAUGAAGAGGAGCUUGCACUUGCAGACUGUGAAAACUGUCCUGUGAAGGCAUCCUAUACUAGCAUCUGCAUUAAAGAUGAAAAGCAGGAUCUUAAGCCUGAGUAUCCUGUUACCUCAGAAAAUAGAGAUUCAGUAGAUGAUAAUUUUAGACACGUUACCAUACAAGAAUCUGGAAUGUCAAAUGACACUGAAAAUUCCUGUGAUUGGGUGCUAAAAGCUAAAUAUGUUAAACCCUACAACUACUCCAGAGCAAGCAGUCCUUUUAGUGGUGUUACUGAGGACUUUCUUGAAGAUGGGCAACUGAGAGAACUAGAUGAACUGUUAAAGAGUUUUGAUGUGGAUGAAAAGGCUUCUCAUUCAGUCCCGCGGAUCCUUGAGAUGAUUGAAUUGCCCCGUAAAUAUUGCAGAUUUUAUUUCAUGACUCUGCGUGGGUGUGAAAGAGCAAAAUGUUGGUUUUGGCACGUUCCUGAACAAGGGGAUGAAAAGAUUUGCAUGGCAAUACUUAGGACAUACAUUAGUAUCAAAGAAUCAAGCCUUCUAAAACGUGCAGUCCAAAUAUUUGUGAAAUAUUACAGAGAAGUUACUCCUGGUGUGGAUUUUGCUUCUCAAGUGCUGAACGAUCUUCUCAUUUCUUUGCUCAAGAAUUGUUUGUUGCGGGAAGUAUUUCAGAUAUUGAAUGUAGCUGUACGAAUCAAUACACUGCCAGCUGCAGAUGUUCUUCUGAAAGUUUUUGAGCAUGUGGCCUCUUUGAAUAUAAGAGACGCUGUACCUACAUUAAUCAGUACCUUUUGUAAGUUCAUUAAUGCUGGUAUGUUCCUUGAGUCUGAACAUUUUGACUACAUUCUUAAGUUCCUUCACCAAUUGCAAGUUUCCAGUCAGGAAAUAAAUAUUGUUUUGAACAUAAAAUCCAGGUUUCAGGAAAGACAUUUUGAAAAGAACUGGCUUUUUGACUUCAACUUGGCAGUAGCUGAAAUUCAGCAUUGCAAGGAGAAAAGUGAUUGGACCAAGCUGGGAGCUUUGUAUGUUAAUGCGAGAACUGGAUGUGAACAUUUUGAUGAUCUUCAGAAAUUGUCUUCAUGUAUUGCUGAAACAUUAACCAGAGAUUCUGAGACAGACAGACCAAGAGUUCCUUUUUGUGAUUUUGCUGAUGCAGUAAUAAAAAAUUCACAACAUAAUGAAGCAGACAGAAUUUUCAUUGGAAGGAUUGGGAUAAGUGUAAUGUAUUCUUAUCACAAAGUACUGCAGUGGAUAAAGGGAAGGAAGGUUUUGGAUAAAUUGCAUGAGCUACAGAUACAUUUUACAGUCUUGAAAGGACUUACAGGUGCAGAGAGGUUAGCAUCAAGAUGUCAAAUUGUUAAUAAAGCUGCAGAAAUUUUUCUUAAAACUGGAAGUUUGGAUGGAGCAACAUGGGUAUUGAGAGAGUCAGAGUGGACCAUAAAUGCACCAUUGUGGCCCUGUGAUAAAAUGGACAUCCUUAAUCGACACAAUCUGUUAUGUACACUAGUGCACAAAUACUUGAGGAAGAGUUUAUACAGGCAGGCAUUUGAAGUUCUGCAGAACUUACCAGGUUUUCAAAAUCAUUCUGAUACUAUAGAUGUUUCUCAGUACAGCUGCCUUUUUAACAAGUUGAUAAAUGCCUGUUUUGAGAGCAAGAACCUUGGGGUCUCAUCUUCUGCAGUAGACUUCAUGCUUUCAAAAAACAUAGCUAUUGAUUUUUUUCUACUUAGAGGAUUAAUCACAGCUUUGGGAAGAAGUUCUUUGUGGUCUAAAGCUAGGACCUAUUAUAAAAGUGCUUUAUCAUUGGGUUGCUACCCACCACUGCAGGGAAAUUUAUAUCACAAACUUCUGACGAUUCCGUCUUACCUGUCUGAGGUUGAGAUGCUGUUGGCCAUUGAAAUAUUUCUUGUUUCAAAUGCCAGUGAUAUUCAAAGUCCAAUGGCUACUAGUCAGACUCUUCAAAUAAUACUAAAAAGAUGUGAAGAUCAGACGGCUCAGAAUAACAGUGACUAUCACGCAGCAGUGGAGAGACUGAUCCUGGCUGCUCGUGUAUCUGAUCCAAAGCUUUUUCUUAAGCAUAUGACAAUGAAUGUUAAUAUGGAAGAAGUUUACAGCUUGGAGCUUACAUCUGCUCUAAAAUGGCUUCAGGAAAAUAUGAAGUGGGCUGGGAAGAUCUGGCUGUUUCAGCAGUCAUUAAUUAGUAAAGACUCUUUUGGUUUUUAA